AUGGUUCAGACUUCUGCGACACCUUUCGUCCAUUUCACAGCUUACGAGGUUGAGUCAGGAAACAAAACCGAGACGGUACAGCUUCGUUCCGCACAGGUUUAUCCUUACUGGAUGAAAGGAUUCGACGAGGAGAGUACGGUGACGGGAUCACUUCCAGAUGGUUUUCUCAACCAGAUUCCACAGUCUGCGUGUGAUGCUGGACAACUGCAGGCCACCGUCGUGACUGUCCUCAUCGUUGUCGACUUAUACUAUCAAAAUUGGCCCGGUAUAGGUCCGGCCCUCAUCCAUGUCGAGUCGUCUGUACUUGGUUUUGACGACGGACCCGUCGUUAUAAAUGGUUGGGGCGGCAGCACCUCGAAAUCUCCCCCUCUCACAGUAGCAGACUGGGAUCUCCCAGGUGACAACAGCAAACCAACGGCCACCGUCAAGCCGAACGACCGAAUGGACUCAAUUUCUACGACCAAGAUACGCGGCAGUGAGAAUAAUAAUGCGGUCAAUCCUCCCGAAUUCACUCGAGUUACCGUUGGUUCUGUGGGCACACGACCCGUCGUAGUUGGUCCUUCUUCAAGAAUUGUUGUCGGCUCUCAAACCUUACAAGCUGGGGGAGCCCCCGUCAACGUAGGAGGUGGAACGAUGGUUUCUCUUGCGCCAUCGGCUACGGCCAUCGUUGUGGACGGCAGUACUUCUAGGCUACCGCAAGUUACUCCGUCACGGCCUCCACCAGUGCUGACGAUUGGCUCGACGACACUCACACCUAACGCUGCCACCCAAUUCUUCGUUGGUCCGGGGCAAACCCUCACUCCUGGAGGCGUCGCUACUGUCGAUGGUACCGUCGUCAGUUUGGCACCGUCGGCUUCUUUCGUGGUCAUCGGAGGUUCCACCCAAGUUCUACCCGGAUCAUCACCAGCUCCAAACAGUCCGCCACAACUGGUAGUCGGUGGCUCAACGAUCACAGCACAAGCAACCCAAGAAAGUUCCAACAACUUCAACGGCCUAGAGAAUCAAAGACCUAACCCAACGUUCGUUAUCUCGGGGCAGGCACUCGCUCCGGGUGCUCCUGCCAUUACCGUUUCGGGCACCACGCUAUCACUAGCACCCUCGGGAAGCGUACUGGUGGUUAAUGGAGCGUCCUCGACGAUACAGAUCCCAGCUACCCCUACUGUAGCGCCACCCACACUUACUAUCGGCGAUAGCGUGUUCCCUGCUGUUGACAAUCCGCGAAACACAUUCGUUGUCGCAGGUCAGACACUGGUGCCUGGAGGGUCCGCAAUCACUGCAUCCGGUACUACGUUUUCGUUGGCACCAUCAGCAUCCUUCUUUCUGGUCAAUGGCGCCCCAUCCGUGAUAGCGAACCCAGCUGCGCCGACUCUCAAUGUUGGUAACAAUGUUUUCACACCCAUUUCCGCCUCACCUGGAAUAUCAUUCGUUGUUGGAGAGAAACCCCUCGUUCCAGGUGGACCAGCCAUAACUUUCUCCGGAACUACAAUAUCGCUUGCACCUUCUGCUUCAUUUGUUGUUGUCAAUGGGGUUACUUCAUCCCUCGCUAUUCCUACUCCACAGGUCGGCAAACCUCCUACGAUCACCAUCGGCAAUGAUGUCAUCGACGCUCUUCCAGAGCCCUCAGGGCCCACCUUUGUAAUAGAUGGCCAAACGCUCGUUCCUGGUGGCCCAGAUAUUACCGUCUCGGGCACUACACUGUCGCUCGCUCAAUCGGCAUCAUUCGUUGUGAUCAACGGCGUUACAUCUACAUUGGCUACUCCAGCCUCUCCACAAAUUACAGCGCCUCCUUUGACCAUUGGAGAUCUGACAUUCGGGCCGCUCCCAGGAACUAGCACUGUCUAUCUAAUCGGGUCGAGACUGCUUACCGUGGGGGGCUCGAUCGUUGUCUCGGGUGUCACGAUCUCGCUCGCACCCGGAGCUACAGCCUUGGUCGUCAACGGCAAGACCAGCUUCAUUUCGCCGCAAGCCCAGCCUGCCAUCACCAAUCCUCCAUUGCUCACUAUUGGUUCGCAGACAUACACUGCAGAGUCAGGGAGUGGGACGGUCUUCAUCAUCGAAGGACAGACUUUGACGCCAGGAGGCACAAUAACCGUCGAUGGCACAACCAUCAGUCUUGCGUGGGGGGCGACGGAGUUGUCCAAGCGCAAGGGCCAGUAA